ACCCAAAUCUGAAUUCUGGGAGAAGUAAAGUAGGAAAAUGCUUCCGAUUGGUCAAUUUUAGUAGGAAUUAGGAAUUUAGUGUCCUAAAUUCAAAUCAGUUACUGCAACUCGUUUUUCCGCCAUGGGACCAAUCAUCGAUGCACAUCAUAACUUUGACUAACGAAUGUUGGAAUUGCGGGUUUCAAAUAGGAAAUAGUAAUUGCCAAAUAUUUCAACAUUAUUGUUUUGCAAAUUUCGACGAAUCGAAACAUGCCUUGGUAGUAAGCAAAAAUGGAGUUGUGAGCAUGAAGGAAUUAUCAGCGAAAGAUAAAAAAAUGGCUGCAGAAAUUCAUUUAAUUGAGGCUUACCGUGAAAGACCAGGUUUAUAUGAUAAAAAGAUUCAACAGACGAUAUCUCCUGAAGAAAGAGAAAAAUUGUGGGAAGAAAUUGCUGAAGCUACAUGUUCUAGCCUGUGUAAUGAUGUCAAUGAACCAUUUCAAAGACCUUUACAAGAUGUUAAUAUUGAUAAUGAUGUUCAACACAAUGAUGAUAAUGAUUCUGAUGCAGAAUUGUCUUUAAAUUCUCCAACAAGAACGCCGUCUACCUCAAAAGAAAAUGCCGAACCACGUAGAAAAGAAAAACCGUCUCCUUUGAUCUACAAAAAAAAUAAAGCAAUGAGCAAAAAAGAAGAUUUGCAGUUAGUAUUAUUAGAAAAAAUUAAAUCGCACACAAUUAAAAAUCACUAUCACACAGACAUGCUUUUUUUGAGUUUUUCCGAAACAUUUAAAAAAUUAGACACUUUGCGCCAGCUUAGAGUUCAUAGAAUAUUUAUUGAAAUAUUGGAAAAAGAGUUUAUUGAUCAAGGAAACCGAUGCCCCGAGAAUACUGAAUAUGAUUCUUAG